AAGAGAUUAUUCCUGUAACUCUUCUUACUCUAACAACGAAUAACACAGGGAUCAAAGAGUAUUUGUGCUAAAAUUCGAGAUUCAAUCAGAUUGGUAUUCCGUUUCCGAACGAUGCGAUUCUUGGAAUUUGCUUGUAACUUGAUUUCCUGCUAUCACUAUGUCGACGGAGGUGCAGCACUUGCGAAGCUCUGCAUUUUCAUGGCGUGGACAGAUUUUCCUGUUUCCUCUGUCAUGGCGAGUUAUAUUAUGGUGAGUAUCAUGUAUGAAGAGGACUGUGGUGUUUUAAAAGCACUGAAAACCUAAUCAUUCUUAUGUAUGUAUUCUGGUUGUUUUCGAAUGUUAGUGUUUGUUUAGUUUUGAAAGAUGGCACUCCUAGAUUAUUACCCUCGACGGUUUUCUUUCAUUUGAAACUUGCUUUCGAAAGGGUAGAUGCAGACUGAUUAACAAUGCACAUUUUCCAUGCUCCAACCACAAUCAUAAAAUGCCAUUGCCAUUCACGACUCAUCUAAAUCUGAUUGCAUUAUGUAGAGAGGGUAAGUUGAAGGAUGCGCUUCAUACUCUGCUUACUACACACACCCCCCCUGAAGACUACUUUACAUACCUUCAAUUAUUGCAUACCUGUAUUCUCGAGAACGCACUUUCACAAGGGAAGACUGUACACUCUUUCAUCACUCACAGGCGAUUUGCAUUUGUUACAAGCACAACUUUUCGUAAUAAGCUUAUUUACAUGUAUGUCAAAUGCGGAAGUUUGGUAGAUGCCCGUAAAGUGUUUGACAACAUGAAACAACGAGAUAAUCCCUCAUGGAAUAUUAUUAUUGCAGCUUACAGAAGACAUGGGCAUCCUCACGAGGCAGUCACACUGUUUCACCUUAUGCAACAAACGGGUUUCCAACCCGAUCAGUUUACAUUUGCUAGCGUGCUUCCAGCCUGUGCCAAAAUGGGAGCUUUGGAACAGGGCAUGGACAUCCAUAAAAGCAUAAAGGAUAGAGGAAUCUUGUCAGAUGUAGUCGAAAAUGCUCUGGUAGACAUGUAUGCAAAAUGUGGGAGCAUAGACAAGGCACGGCAACUGUUUGACAGAAUGCCUCAAAGAGAUGUCGUCUCAUGGAAUGCAAUGAUUGCAGGAUAUGCACAAAAUGGAUUUGGCGAAAAGGCUUUAGAAACUUUCAAGCAAAUGGAAUUGGCAGGUGUAAAACCAAAUUCCACAACCUUUGCUAGUGUCCUCCCAGCCUGUGCCAAAAUGGGAGCUCUGAAGCAGGGUAUGGACAUCCAUAAAAGUGUGAAGGAUAGAGGAAUUUUGUCAGAUGUUGUAGUUGCAACUGCCCUGGUAGACAUGUAUGCAAAAUGUGGAAGCACAGACAAGGCCCGUGAACUGUUUGACAAAAUACCUCAAAAAAAUGUUGUCUCAUGGAAUUGCAUGAUCGCAGGAUACGGAAAAUGUGGAAGCUUAGACAAGGCACGUGAACUGUUUGAUAGAAUGCCUCAAAGAAAUUUGAUCUCAUGGAAUGCCAUGAUCGCAGCAUAUGCACAAAAUGGAUCUGUUGGAAAGGCUUUAGAAACUUUAAAGCAAAUGCAAUUGGCAGGUGUAAAGCCAGACUCCGCAACCUUCGCCAGCAUUCUACAUGCUUGUGCCAAAAUGGGAGCUUUGGGACAGGGUAUGGACAUCCAUCAAAGCAUAAAGGAUAGAAGAAUUUUGUCAGAUGUUGUAGUUGCAACUGCUUUGGUAGACAUGUAUGCAAAAUGUGGAAGCUUAGAAAUGGCACGUGAACUGUUUGACAAAAUGCCUCAAAGAAAUGUCAUCUCAUGGAAUGCCAUGAUCGCAGGAUAUGUACAAAAUGGAUUUGUUGAAAAGGCUUUAGAAACGUUCAAGCAUAUGCAAUUCUCAGGAAUAAAGCCAGAUGCUGCAACCUUCGUGAGCAUACUCCCUGCCUGUGCCAAAAUGGGAGCUUUAGAACAGGGUAUGGACAUCCAUCAAAGAAUAAAAGAUAGAGGAAUUUUGUCAGAUGUUGUAGUUGCAACUGGCCUAGUAGACAUGUAUGCAAAAUGUGGAAGCAUAGACAAAGCACGUGAACUUUUCGACAGAAUGCCUCGAAGAGAUGUCAUCUCAUGGAAUGCAAUGAUUGCAGGAUAUGCACAAAAUGGAUUUUGCAAGGACGCUCUCAAAAUCUUUGAAUUAAUGAAGUUCUCUGGACCAUAUCCUGACAUUACAAGCUUUGCUUCUGUUCUAUUUGCAUGCAGCCAUGCAGGUUUAGUAGGUGAAGGCUGUGUAUACUUCAGUCACAUAAGUAACCCUUAUUGCAUUACACCUACAAUUGAUCAUUAUGUAUGUAUGGUUGACCUUCUUGCCCGUGCUGGCUAUCUUGAAGAGACCUUAAACUUUAUCAUUAAGAUGCCAGUAAAACCUGUGGUUGUUGUGUGGAUUUGUUUUCUUGGUGCCUGUGGAUCACAUAUGAAUAUAGGCUUAGGAGUAUAUACAGCGAUGCUGCUUUUUGAUUUGGAUUCUAAAAAUGUUGCGACUUAUGUUCUUCUCUCAAACAUCUACGCAGACGUGGGCUGGUGGGCUGAAGUUCAAAUGGUUAGGAGAUUGAUGAAAGAUAGAGGAAUUAAAAAGAUUCCUGGUUGUAGUUGGAUUGAAAUCCAUAAAAAAGUACAUGCUUUUUGUGUAGGAGACAAAUCACAUCCACAGACACGGAAGAUCUAUGCAAAGUUGGAGAAAUUGGCUGGAGAGAUGAAGGCAGCAGGGUAUUUUCCAGAUUCAAAACAUUUUCUUAGUGAUGUAGAAAAGGAAGAAAAAGAAAUAUUUCUCUGUUAUCAUAGUGAAAAGUUGGCAAUUGCUUUUGGUUUGUUAAACACACCCUCUGGAACAACUAUUAGAGUUGUUAAGAAUCUUCGAGCAUGUAUUGAUUGUCACACUGCAACGAAAUUUAUCUCCAAAAUUGCCGCAAGAGAAAUUAUUGUGAGAGAUGCCAACCGUUUCCAUCAUUUUAAACAGGGAGAAUGCUCUUGUGGAGAUUAUUGGUGAUGUUAAAUGAAGCAAUCUGAAAUAAUAGUAAUAUAUACCACCUCAGACCUUCAUUGCACCCUAUACAUUUUAAUUUCGUUUCGAGUAUUUGACGAUAUAGACUAUGCUGUUUGGCUUCAAAAAAUUAGAUGCAUAGAAUGCAAUGCAUGUCACUGCAUCUAUACACUGUUGGGUAUCUGCCAAAGGCGUGUUUAUGAUAACAUGAACAUUUCAUCAAAUUUAUUUUUAAAAAACCUGCAUAUGUUUGAAAUGACAAACUGCAGGUGGUGGAGAAAGGAUAAAAAACAAAACAUGAGGAACACUAAAAAGUAAAUGGAAAGAUGCUUAAUCAGCAUGAAAUGGAAGGGAAGGGCUCACAAUCACCCUUACAAUUUUCAAUUGUUCUUCUGUUGAAUUAAUUGUAUCAUCUUUUGUCCAUGUCAAGGGAAC